UGUCAGACGACCGCGUGGGAUGUCUAAGCAAAGGGCAUUCGCUAAGCGAGCCGCUCGCGGAGCCAAUUGGCGCUGAGACGCUUGCGAACAUGGCGGCCGCCUGGUCAGGUUUUUCGUUUUUGUCACCAUGUUGGGCUAUAUUUUUGCCCGUCAAGCAGGUCUUGACGACCCGUUGAGGUUACGCCGGGCUGAGUCUACCAGGAGGGUGUUGAGCUUGGAGUUAAACAAGGAUAAAGAUGUUGAAAGGAUCCAUGGGAGUGGUAUUAGUACUCUGGAUAUUGAACCCGUUGAAGGACGAUACAUGUUAUCAGGUGGUUCAGAUGGCGUUAUUGUUUUGUACGACCUUGAAAACUGUAGUGGAAAACCAUGCUAUACAUGUAAGGCAGUUUGUUCAGUCGGCAGAAGCCAUCCUGACGUGCAUAAAUUCAGCGUGGAGACAGUGCAGUGGUAUCCUCAUGACACUGGCAUGUUUACCUCAAGUUCAUUUGAUAAAACACUGAAAGUAUGGGAUACAAAUACAUUACAACCUGCAGAUGAGUUUAAUUUUGAGGGAACAGUAUACAGUCAUCACAUGUCUCCUGUUGCUACAAAGCAUUGCUUAAUUGCAGUUGGUACCAAAAGCCCUAAAGUACAACUUUGUGACUUGAAGUCUGGAUCUUGUUCUCACAUUCUGCAGGGACACAAACAGGAAGUACUGGCGGUAUCUUGGUCACCACGUUAUGAGUACAUCUUGGCAACUGCAAGUGCUGAUAGUAAAGUGAAAUUGUGGGAUGUGAGGAGAGCAUCUGCUUGUCUGAUUACUCUUGAUCAACAUAAUGGGGAGAAGUCAAAAGCAUCUUCUGAAGCAGCAAAUACGGCCCAUAAUGGGCGAGUUAAUGGCUUGUGCUUUACGAGCGAUGGGCUUCACCUUCUGACAGUUGGCACAGAUGAUCGCAUGAGACUUUGGAACAGUUCCAGUGGGGAGAAUACACUGGUGAACUAUGGGAAGGUGUGCAAUGACAGUAGAAAAGGACUCAAAUUCGCCGUCUCUCAUGGCUGCAGUCCAGAAUUUGUGUUUGUGCCAUACAGUAACACUAUCGCCAUUUAUACCAUUUACUCGGGAGACCUAAUAACUACGCUUAGGGGCCAUUAUAAUUCUGUCGACUGCUGUGUCUUUCAGCCUCAUUUUCAGGAACUUUACAGUAGUGGCAGAGAUAGCAAUAUCCUUGUCUGGGUGCCAUCUGUGAGAGAACCAGAGCCCGAUGAUGCCUCUGAAAAGCAGUGUUUGAAUCCAGCUUAUGAAGAUGCCUGGAGCAGUAGCAGUGAUGGUGAAGGAUGAAUUCCUUCUGUUGACAUAAACCUGAUAUCCAUGUGCUAUGUUUUGGCUAUCGUCUUUGCAUUACAAAAUGAGUACCUACUACCAGCAUAAUGUAAAGACUGUACAUUCCCCUGUACAAAUAACUUUUUCUUUUCGCUCUCAUGCUUUGUGGUCCUCUGUGUUCCUUACUAUUAUGUCACUCUGGAACUGUUGCCAAAGAAGCACCUUCAGUACAAAUGGGUUUGGGGAGUCUCCUUUUUUGUUCUGAUCCAUAAAAAGUAGAUCAACUCAUAUUUUUGCAGUGUGGGAAAACUUUCAUUUCCACUGCCACAUGUUCAGUUGGUUGUUGUACUUAUGUAAGAUUUUUUUUCUUUCAAAAAUCCAGCAUGGUUGAGUUCAGAGGCUCAUGAAUCUUAGGGCUUCAGAGCACACUCUGCUCAUUCCCCCCCCUUUCUUUCACAUUAUUGUGUCGUGGAAUUUUUUGCUCCAGUUUCUAGUAACAGGUACAUAAUAAAACAAAGUUUGAGUCCAGU